AAAAAAUGUUAUUCUAGUUCAGGUUUAUGACUAAAUUGCAGUUGCAUAUUCAUUUUGUAAACGAGUGUUUCAUUUUCUUUGGUUUUAAAUAGGCUGUUUUUAUAGAUAAUUCAGCUCUGGAAUUAGAUAACACACCUGGUAAUGCUAUUUAGGGUAAUUCGGGGAAGGGCUGCCUCUUAUCCUUUAUAUAAAAUUCCAUAUUGCUUUUCUUCAGGAAAAUUCUUCAUGUCUUCUGACCUUCUGGCUCUUGUGGACCUGGGAUGCACAAAUGCUUUAGUUUGAAACAAAAAAGUGGUACUCAAAAUCAACAAGGGUGACAUUUAAGAAAAUUAGCUCAAUUAAUUGAAAUCUGCUCAGUGUUGAGAAACUCUCCAGUGGGCACAGAUUGCUUUGCUUAAAAGGAAAGAGUGUGUGAAUAAACUGUGGCCUUUAGAAAGGGAGCCCCCCCCCCCAUGUUUAUAUUCCUCAGAUGGUGGUUAGUAUCUUCAAUAGUUCUCUGAGUAUUACAUAUUGUUGUUCGUGUGGAGGACAUAUGUGUGGUCUUUGUCAAUUUGUUUUUAUAUAAUGUUAGUGGCCUUGAAGCAAAAGGCAAAGGAAUGUUUUAUUAAAAUAUGAACUGCGCCAGGCCCCCAUUGCUUGAAAGAAAUUAUCCUUGUGACUCUCUGACUUAAUCUCUUACUUUGGUCUGAGAAUUAUUGGCUAUUUUAGUGCUUUAUAUAUUUUUGCUAACCCAGAUUCCUUCACAUGCCUUGAAGGCAAUGGUCCAAUAUGUUGCUCUGUAGAAUAUUGCUGCCUUUCCGCUGCUUGACCCUGGCAAUGUCUGUAACAUUUACCAGCCCAGAGGCCACCAAUUAAACUCUGGCAGCCUAGAAGGGAACUCUCAUGCAUCCACACCAUGGCCAAUUAGAGACAGCAAUUUCUUGUCCCAUCUUGUAUCUGUAUGUCAUCAAUUGUCUCUUUUAGGUUCCUCAACAGAGUCCAGAGACCACCCUGCCUCUGAUGUUUUGUCCUGUCUACAGGCCUUCUGUUAAUCUGCUGCCUCCUGGCUAGUAUCCAGCAGCACUGGCAGAACCUUCUUCUGAAGAUCUCAAGUGUCUACGCUGCUGCAUUGGAUUUAUUUGGCCUCACAUCUGAAAGGAGAUCCAUGUAUACCCCAAGUGGUUCAGUGUUGCCUAGUGGCCGAAGGCGAAGAGGCCAAGAUGGGAGUGCCUUGCCAAAGCAGCCUGAAAGGAGCUUGGCCUCUGCAUUGCCCGGGGCCCUCUCAAUAACUGCCCUGUGUACUGCCCUGGCAGAGCCCGCCUGGCUACGGAUUCAUGGGGGCACUUGUUCUCGCCAGGAGCUGGGUGUUGCUGAUGUGCUUGGAUACAUUGACCCAGAUCUACUUAAAGACUACUGCAUGAACCCCCAGACCGUGUUGCUACUUCGCGUUAUUGCUGCCUUCUGCUUCUUGGGAAUCACCUGCAGCCUUUCAGCCUUCCUCCUGGACGUCUUUGGGCCCAAGCACCCUGCACUGAAGAUUACUCGGCGUUAUGCAUUUGCUCACAUCCUCACAGUGCUGCAAUGUGCCACGGUGAUUGGGUUUUGCUACUGGGCCUCAGAGCUGAUCCUCGCGCAGCAGCAGCAGCACAAGAAAUACCACGGCUCGCAAGUGUACGUGACAUUUGCCGUAAGCUUCUACCUGGUGGCUGGCGCCGGCGGGGCGUCAAUCCUGGCCACAGCUGCCAACCUGCUGCGCCACUACCCCACCGAAGAGGAGGAGCAGGCCCUGGAGCUCCUCUCCGAGAUGGAGGAGAAUGAACCUUACCCCGCAGAGUAUGAAGGGAUCAACCAGUUCCAGCCCCCACCAGCUUACACACCGUAACACUCCCCCCGGAUGAUGGCUGGGGCAGGGAGCGUUUCUUCCAGCCCCCCCCCCCCUCCUCAGAGUCAACCUGCACACGACUGCUUGGGAAUACGUUCCCUUCUCUUCCUAGAACCUUGCGUGGGUGCUUCUCCCCUCCCCCCGCAUCCCCCCACCCCCAGUGAUUUGGUCACUUUUACCAUUUCCUGGCUAGGGAGAGGACCGGUGCCCAAGCAGAGGACUUUCUCGUGCAAUGACCUCCAAAGCAGCCGUAUUCUGAAGCAGCUGGGGGGACCGUUGGGGGUGGGUUCUGAACUUCCUGCAUUCAGGGGCCACAAGAACAACCCGGCGUUUUCCAGCUGCAGCGUCUGGCAAGGAUCUGCAGAGCUUGGGGGCUCCAGAGAGAGGUCAGAUGAGAGGAAAACUGUGGCAGCUUCAGGGGGAGGAGGUGAAAAAGACGGCCGCUUGAUUGAGUGGGGAAAGGGUGGGGGGAGGGUCCCACCAUUUUUGGCAUUGCGCUAAGAUGUUUCACUCCGGCAGGGGCAGCGGGGAAUUCAGCAGCCCCGCACUGCCACCCACAGAGCUUCUUUCUCUCCUUGGGGGGAAGAGGGGAAGGUGACUCUCUGAUGUUCACACCCAGGGCUAACGUGCUCGGCCUUCGGCCCCCUGAAGGAAGGGAUUCCUUCUCUAUGCACUGGUCUGUGGAGAGAGGGGACGCGUCUGGGCUGAACCUUGUGCUUCCUGAAAAGCAUGGUUAAGUUUGCUUCCAGCAUCCCACAUUCUGCCUCCUGCGACUUUGCAGAAGCAUUUUGCACUUUCUUUGCUGUUCUUGCAGUCUGCUCUUUCCCCUAAGCAACUGGGCGGAUAGAGGGGGAAGGGGCAACAAAACUUGGCCUGCUCCAGGAUAUUGCCACUACUGAAUAGAUUGGACUCCUUGGUCUAGGGCAGUGUUUCUCAACCGUGGCGGCUUGAAGAUGUAUGGACAUGCUGGUUGGGGAAUUCUGGGAGUUGUAGUCCACACAUCUUCAAGCCGCCAAGGUUGAGAAACACUGGUCUGUGGCAAGGGAUCCUGGGCUGUCCUUCCAGUUGGCAUUCCUGCUGCACAGUUGCCAGGCCUUGAGCCCACAUCAGAACCCCGUCCUUUCCCCCCAGGAUGCAGACACUGAUUCCAGGCUUGACUUCCACUGCUACCUUUUCCGUUUGCCUUUUCUGAACCGACUCCGCCCUUGUAUCCGACACCCUCUCUAUAGCCUCUGAGCUGCUGCUUCUGACAAGCCAGUGUGUCACAGGCAGAAGCCUCCUCUUAGCUGCAGGUCGUAACUGAAAGAGCGUUUCAGAGUUUGCUUUCUGUACAAAGAGAAUCCGGUUAACCUUUUUCUUUUCCUCUGCACUGAGGUAAGCCUGCUUUGAAUAAGCCA